AUGAGCUUGUCAUCAAGACUAUGUUGCUUACGCAACCUCACCGGUCCUGGGUAUCGUUUGACAACAAUCCCAGAAUCUACUGUGGGAUUUUUGCGACCGAAUCUAGUUGUGCGUUGUUCCAAAGCAGCUAAGGGUAGCUCAAGUGAACAAGUUCGUAAGCAAGCUGAGAAGGAAAUGCAGUCUUUCUGGGCAAAGAACAUCUCUGUGAAGCGUCCAUGGUCUCCUCAUCUUCAAGUGUACUCUCCACCACUAGUUAUGAGAUUCUCAUUUCUCCAUCGGGCCACUGGCAUUGCUAUGGCUAUUGUUUGGUCAUCUGUAGGAAUCGGCGCUUUCUUUUUUACUGGCCAUUAUGAAGCUAUGCUUGAUUAUGUCAAAAGUAUGCAGUUGGGUGGUGCUAUCAUAGCUGCUUGUAAAUUCGUCUUAUGUUACCCAUUGGUCUAUCAUUAUUUGAAUGGAAUGAGACAUUUGGCAUGGGAUUAUGCUAUUGGUUUUCCAAUCAAAACUUGUAACACCACUGGUUUCAUUGUACUGGGAUCUUCUCUGCUCGUUUCUGCCAUUCUAGCGUGCAUUCGAUUAUAG